AUGAAAGUCUGCCAUGUCCAGACGCAGCGGCUUUGGAGGCGUUUUGCAAAAUAAUGCGGGAUUCUUCGGAAGGGCCUAUGUUGGCGGCGCAGACGUUGGCAGCAAGGAUUCAUACGCCGAACGCUCGAGAAGCCUUACUCGGCCUUAUGAUGCUGGAUCGGGUUAUGAGGCGCGGCGACGCUAGCUUCCAUGCAGAAGUGGGCAAAUUCCGCUUUUUGAACGAGAUGAUUAAGCUGGUGUCACCCAAAUAUUUUGCUGAUAGAACUGCACCUGAAGUGAGAACUAGGGUACUACAAUUACUACAUGCAUGGUCCAUUGAGUACCCUAAAGAAACAAAGUUCAAAGUGGCUUAUGACAUGCUGAAGAACCAAGGUGUGAUUAAGGAGACCCCGCCUCCCCUUCCUCCAGAAGAUGUGCCUCCCCCUCGCACAAGAGUGAAAAAUGCAAUAUUUGAAGAUGAAGAUAAGUCCAAAUUGCUACAGCAACUUUUACAGAGCAAAAAGCCUGAAGAUCUACAACAUGCAAAUAGAUUGAUAAAAACUAUGGUUAAAGAAGAAGAACGUCGCAGUGAAGCAAACAGCCUUCGUGCACAAGAAGUAGGUGCUGCAUUAGACAGUGCUGGAUUACUUCGUGACAUGCUAGAAAAGGCCUCUGAUGCAUCUGAGGAUGAGGAACAAUUAAUACACGAACUAUAUGCGAGCUGCGCACGAUUGCGGCCUGUGUUGCAAAGUUUGGCGGCUUCGGAUGUUCAAGCCGAGAAUUUAAGUGACAUUCUUCACGCGAGUGACGUACUUGACGAUGUAUCUGAGAAAUACAACGCGUUCGUGGCAGACAAAAAGGAGAAAGUAAAAUCCCCUGUCCUAACACAAGUACCUAACAAUGAUAGCCUAUUGGACUUCGCCGGCGUAAAUGUUGGCAAAGAGACACCAAAGAGUGAAGUAAAGAAACAUGUUAUGGAUGAAUUAGGUGAUAUAUUUUCUGCAGACAGCGGAUCCAGUAUUAAGGAGCCCUUGAAACCUGUCAAUUUAAUGUCCUGUGGUGAUGUAGAUGUUUUAGAAGAGAAACUUAAUAAAAAGGAGGGUUGGAACGAAUUAGACUCUCUAGGGGAACAACUUUUGAAACAAUCCUUGCCUGACAACGCCAAGCGAUUGGAUAGUUUUAUUAGCAAACCAGCAAAAAAGAUACCAAUGAACGCAUUAGAAAAAUCUUCACCAAACCACGAAGCACCAUCAGAUAGUGGUACGAUACUCGAUCUAGAUUUCUUUACAAAAAAGCUUGAGUUACAAACGCCAACACCUGACCUGACAGUGGUCACUUCAACAGACGAUGUAAUGGUCGACAUAAGCACAGACGUUGUACCAAAUACAUCUAGCAAUAAUAACAAUAAUCUUGACAGUCCUCUGGACAAUAUUUUAGAUCUAGGUCCACCUUUAGACAAUGCAAAGAGUGAAGAACCUCAAGCAGAAACCAAGGAACAUUUUAUAGAGAAGAAGGACAAGAAAAGUGACGUAAAACCGUUGACUGAUAUAAAUGUGACAUUGCAAAGUGUACAACCGAGUAAAGUGCCUCCAACCACCGCUUUUGAGGAGGAGGAAGGAUUGACGGUUGUUCUACAUUUUUGUAAAGACAAACCCAGAGGCGACGUUAAUGUCAUUGUGAUAUCGACUACCAGCAAAAGUAGUUCACCUAUUGAAGAUUAUAAAUUUCAAGCUGUUGUUCCAAAGGGUUGCAAAGUCCGUCUCCUGACGCCGUCUGGAACGUCUCUCCCAGCGUUCAAUCCCUUCCUUCCACCCCCCGCACUCACACAAGUGAUGCUUAUCGCUCGACCCCCCUCCACACCUCCAAUCAACUUGAAAUUCGUUAUCACUUACACAAGUGAGGAUGACACAUGUUCCGAAAUGGGCGAAAUCAAACAGUUACCACUCGACGACAUAUAGUAUAUUAAACAUAUUUAUUUGACUUAAUUUAAUUUUACUUAGGAAAUUCUACGAGAUAAAAUGAGCUGGAGACAUGCAAAAGAAACAGAUUGGUGUAUUUUUAAUACAAACAUUUUUUAUUUUGUUGAUUAAGGCUCAUACAAGAGAUUCUCUUUCUAACUACCUUUAAGCUCUUUGUACUCUUAUUCUCUGUUUGUAAGCACGAAACUAUUAAAAGUAUAUCUUUCUCGUUCUUUGUAUACUGAAUCUCACUGUCAACAUGAAGGAAAAUUAGGGUCAAUUCUGUCUCACACCAUUUAAGCUUAAUUUGAUAGAUUUGAAAUUAGUGAUGUCCCUUUUGACGAUUGGGUUCUGUUAGGGUUAUCAAACGUGCGUAAUUGAAUCCAUUUUAUUUCCCACCUACUUGUAAGAGAGCUAAAGCUUAUGACGCAAUUCUGAAUUAUUUGUUAUGUGGCCGAUUUGCCUUAAGUUUUCCAGCAAACAAAAAUAGGAUUUUGGUAUUUUGGAUUUUAGUAUGAUCACGCACUAGAAGGAAGACUACAAAGUAGUGUGUAUAGACGCCUAGACUAAAAGUAACAGCCAAAUACAAGAAAACGGUAUUUACUACAUUAUGCACUGUCUUGUUUUUAACAAAUUAUCCGCUGAUCCACUGGAUCACUAUGUCAAAUUUAUCCCAUGAAAAUCAUUUUAUGAUUAGACAAAUAGUCGAUUAACUUAAGAGUUUUCGUAUAAAAGUUGUUCGCGACUAACUUUCGUAACUUUAUGCUACGACUUUGUAAAAUAGUGUUGUAAUGAGGAUUGAACAAAAACCUAAAUGUUUUUUUACGAUUUCUGAGAUUUCUAGCACUGUUACUUCAGUUCAUCCCAAAGAGACUUUUGAUCGUUAUCAGAGACAGUAUGAAAUGGCAUGAUUUUUUAUUUAUUUUAUCUUGCUGACUGUACCACUUGAUCAAAAUUUGUGAAUGCCAAUAGAAAUAAUUGUAAAAUUCACGAUCUUCUAGGACAGUUUUCCUGUACCUAUAACGAUUCAAUGUAGCUGACCUUGCUGACCCAACUCAACAUGCUACCCUGUAAAAAUUAUAUUAAACGACACUGGGUAUUAUUUGGCCUUACCCACGUUCAAGUCGUGUAUCUAAAUUUGAGUAAUAGAAUAAAAGAAACUGCAUUUAUUACCUAUAGUUCGUAUACAAUACAAUAACAUUUUCCAUGCAUAGUCGUUAUCAAGACUAAAAUCGCGCUUUAUUUAGACUUAUGCUUUGAUAUAGUAUGUAUUUUAAGCUAGUCGUGAAAACAAAAAUUGAUGUUACUAUAAUAAGUAAAGCUAUUUAUUUGCCAACAAGCAGAUAGGAUUAACAUCGAUAAAUAAACUGUCUUGUAUAUGAAAAUAUAUCAUUAAUCUCCAAUUGCCAUUCAUUUACAUUGGUUCUAGUCUGAAUUUAUACAAAAAAAGCAUUUGAUUACAUUCCAAAUAUUUUAUAAUUUGUACCUUGUACUUAAGAAUUCACUUAUUGUUAAAAUUGGAUUUUAAAAUUUAUUUUUGUACUUAUUUUAUUAGAUCU